AUUAAGUAAUUUGUACUGAAAAUGCCAAGGGUUAGGACUGAAGAUGAGGACAGGAGGACAAGGAUUAUGACCAAUUUUGCUAAUAUGAUGAGGAAUAUGCGAGGCAGAGAGGAGAGAGAGAACAGGUGGACAGGGAUUUUUGCAAGGCUCAGUGGCAGGAUGAUGGAUCCCAAGCUAGUAAAUAAAAUGAUGUCUCAGAGAGAGGCUUAUAAGCUUCUUUGGCCUGAUUUUAGAGAGUUUUGUAUGGAGAAUCUUCAGAUUAGUCGAGACUUGAGUUUACAAGAAACUGCAAGAGAGUUUAAUAUUAAAAUAAUGUUUCUUGUGGGGUCUCCAGCCUGAAGCAAAGUCAAAAUAAAUCCUGAUUUUGAUCAAGACGGCAAGAAAUCUAUCUUAGACAAUGAAAUUCAAAAGCAAGUGCUCUUAUCAAAGGUGAUGAAAUACUUACCAAAUCUCGAUGAAAUUGAGUGAUAUAUCAAUGAGAUGAGCCCCAAAACUAAAUGUGUUUACAAAUGAUGCAUAUUAAAGCUAUCACUAGAUGUUCAUGAGUCUUUUUGGUCUAGUUCCAGAUCUCUCAAGAAUAUCAAGAAAACUCUUUUACUUCAGAUCAAGCUUAUCAAGGCUAUUAAGAGACAUUCAAUUAAGGGAAUCAAUGGAUAUCUGAAGGAAGUCAUCGAUGAAGAUAUCUACACUCAACUAAACCUCAGGCCUCAAUGUGAAGCUAAGAAUAUCCCUCUCUACAAGCAAAAGUACCAACAGAUGCAAUCUCUACUCAAGGAAUUCAAGUUUUCUAAGUUCUUUGCUUAAACCAAGGACUUCUGCU